AUUGGUUUCCCUCCCCUUACUAAUAAUCCCCCUGCGAAAACAGAAGAUGGCUUGUGAACCUAAUUUGCCAAAAAUAAAGGAUGAGUAGAUUAAGGGAGAAAGUUAACUGGCAGUUCUCCGACAGUUUAGAAUGUGAAAGGGAGUCAGGUCCAUCGUCUGGGACUAUUUUCCACGAUAGUCAAACGGAGGUCCCAACAUGUACAUCAAAUUGGGAUAAACACCACUUGAAUCAGCUGCAGAUUACAACUGUGUUGUCGAAGGCAUACACACCAAUGGACAUUAUAAAUAGUUUUAAAAUAUAUAGACUCAGUUAUGAUUAUGAAGUAUUAAUUGAUCAGAGAGUGAAAAAAAUAAGUGAUCAUUUGUUUUCUUGUAUGCCAAGUGGAUUGCAGGCUUUAAAUUUUGAUGACUUUUCAUCAGUACCAUCUAAAACUGCAACUUCUUUGUUGUAUGAUAAGUAUGAUGGUUCAUGGAAUGACAAAAGUUUUAGUGUUCCACCAUUACCAGGUCCCUCAGAUGCUAAAGAUGAAUAUUGGCGUGAAUCAUUCAGAGUCAAUGGAGAUCUGUUCAGCAAAAGAUUGAUGUAUAUGACAUGGCUCAGGGAACAAGAUUUACCAGUCUCAGAACAUUUGUUUCAGGAGCUGUUUCAACAUUUCAGUGCAAUGUUUGGAUUAGAUGCAAUUGGUGCACCUGGUGUAAAAUGUGAAACCCUGAGGAUUGGAGAUGUAGAAGUAACAUCAACACCAGAUCUAGUUUAUUAUGACUUUCCUAAAUGCAGCCAUGACCAAGGAUCAAAGAUAUUUGUUGUGUGUGAGGUAGAAAAAGAAGCCUUGCAAAAUAAUGAAGAACCAUCACCUCCAAAAACAAGUCGAUAUGAAGAAGGAGGCCAACAGCAAAUUCAUCAUAUAUCUUCUAAUUUAAUUGGACAACAUGGUGGUGACCUAUUGACACAUUUUCAUUUCAAAUCAUCAAUACAGUAUGGUCUAUUUGGUUUUAUUGUUCAGUGCACUAGUAUAACAUUUACACAUUUGGAUUGUUCUGAAAUAGACUUUGAGCAAAUAAGAACAGGAAAUCCUUCUUUUCCUCCAGGAACUGGACCUGUUAUACGAUUUAGUCAGCCAUACAACUUUCUUAAAGCUGAGGAUAGAAGGCAUAUAAUUCCACCUUUACUUAAACUUGGAUUGAUCAAGUCAUAUAUGUAGCAGUUUUUGUCAGUGCUGUAUAUGGCCGUCAUGACAAGAUAUCUGAGUUGGCAAGCAGCUGAAUGUUCAGCUUUUGAUUGGGAACAUAAUAUUCACUGGCUUUCACAGUUUCAGAUACAUCUGUGUAAAUUUUGAGGCUUCAAAUAGUCUGAACGAAGUCAAUGGGUUUUCUAAGGUUAUUACAGAUGUGAAAUAUGUGACAUGUUUUUUUAUAUGAGACAUGUUUAGAUCGAUAUGGAAAGGAAGCCUGAAUUGCUCCAUUGCAGAAAUUUCUUUAUGCAGAUGUGUCUAAAUUGAAGCUGAAAACCAUAAUUCAGAGGGCAAUAUCAACAUAAGACAAAUCAUGAUCACUCAGUCAGAUAAAUCAUGGAACUAACCAUUAACACUACACCAUGCAAACAAAAACAAAAAAUAUAUUAACUAUGUCGCACACCACAAACACCUAAUGCAUGUAGAGGACUGUGACCAUUUAUUUUGAAAUUGUUUAUUCUCAUGAUAAUUAUGCAAAAUAGAAUUUACGUCAGAUACCAGUUACCGAAUAGAUGCUAUGAUUAACAAAAACUUGUGCAACAUCUCGACAUACUCAUUAACAACUGCCAUAAAAUGUUGAACUAUUAACCUGAGGGAUUUUGCUUCUUACUUACUUUUGAAGCGACACAAGAAGUCUGUUUAAGCGUUUUGAAUUUUAUCAGAGAUAAGAAGAAAUGAUAAAUAAAUGACCAUGCAUAUAUUGUUACAUAAGCUAAGUUUGGUAUUAAUUUUUUUCCUUACUAAUAUGUUUUUUUGUCCAAGAAUGUAUCAAAUGAAGUUGCAGUAUAAAAUCAAUAUAAAAUGUAUGUAAAGGUA